GAUAUUAUUUUCCCCAGCGACCCCAAAGAACAGAAAAAGAACACACAAAAAUAAUCAGAGAGAUUUAAACGUGAAUGGAGUUUUCUUCUUGUAUCUAAAUCUCUUCUGUAAAAUCGAGAAUUCAGUUUUGUUUAUAUAUCUGAAGAAGCUCCAUGGAAGCUUAUAAGCAAUGGGUUUGGAGAAAUAGAGAGUAUGUACAUUCCUUAGGAUCCUUUGCCAACGGAUUGACAUGGCUGCUUCCUGAGAAGUUUUCAUCUUCAGAGAUUGGACCAGAAGCAGUAACGGCUUUUUUGGGCAUAUUCACAACUAUCAAUGAACACAUUAUUGAAAAUGCUCCAAAACCUCGUGGUCAUGUUGGAUCUUCCGACACUGAUACAUCCCUUUCUUAUCCGUUACUCAUCGUCAUCCUUAAGGACUUGGAAACUGUUGUGGAAGUUGCGGCUGAACACUUUUAUGGAGACAAGAAAUGGAAUUUCAUUAUUGUCACUGAAGCUAUGAAGUCUCUGAUUAGGUUAGCCUUGUUUCGGAAUAGCGGGUAUAAGAUGCUUCUUCAAGGAGGGGAAACACCUAACGAUGAGAAAGAUUCUAACCAAACAGAGUCGCAAAAUAGAGCUGGUAAUUCAGAUAUGAAUCAUGGACCUCAUAGUUUCGUAAACCAGAAUCAUCAUAAUCCAUGGAACAUGGAAGGACGGGCAUUGUCAGCUUUAAAUUCAUUUGGUCAGAAUGCAAGAUCAAGAACAACAACUGCAUCUGCCACAGGCUGGUCUCGAAGAGUUCAACAUCAGCAAGCAGUUAUAGAGCCUACAAUGAUCAAUGAGAAGAGAAAAACUCUCUCCGAGCUUUUAUCUGAGAAGGGAGUUAAUGGAGCGUUAUUUGCAAUUGGUGAGGUUCUUUUCAUAACGAGACCGCUCAUUUACGUGCUUUUCAUCAGAAAAUAUGGAAUCCGGUCUUGGAUUCCCUGGGCUAUCUCUCUUUCCGUGGACACACUUGGAAUGGGUAUUCUUGCAAAUUCGAAGUGGUGGGGGGAGAAGAGUAAGCAAAUCCAUUUCUCCGGACCUGAAAAGGAUGAGCUUAGGAGACGGAAGCUGCUAUGGGCAUUAUACCUCAUGAGAGAUCCAUUCUUCACCAAGUACACAAGGCAAAAGCUGGAAAGCUCUCAAAAGACGCUGGAACCAAUUCCGUUGAUCGGAUUUCUCACAGAGAAAAUUGUGGAGCUUUUGGAGGGAGCUCAGUCACGGUACACUUACAUAUCGGGAUCAUGAAGUAGACCGUUACUAAUGGUUUUUUGCAACAGAAGAAAAGAAGAAUAUAUCGCCAUUGUUGGAAUACUUUUAUGUAGAUCUUGGAUGGAAGACGUAGGGAAUGGUUUCAGGCUUUUGUAAGAAAUCUACAUUUAUUGCAGUUUAGGACAUGAUCAUUCACAGACAUAUUUUACCGGUUUAUGUCUGAAUAACGGACCUAUACAAUAAAACAAGCAAUAGCGUGUUAAUCCCAGAAUCUUUAUUCGUUAGCGGAGGUUA